AUGCCCUGUGCUCACACCCACCUUAUUGCCCGAACGAAGGUGUACCCUUGCUCACAUCCCCUUUGCCCCGGUUCCCUGUGGACUCACACCAGGGGAAAGCCCUUUGCGCCCACUUCCUUGCUCUCACGGAACCCACAGAAACGGGGGGGAACCCCUUUGGGCCCACUCCCUGUGGCUCACACCCGACCCCUUUGCCAUGCCCUGUGCUCACACCCCUUUUUUUUGUGUGCGCCACAACCCUGUGCUCAGCAACACCCCCUUUGUGUUUUGCCCACUCCCCCGAUCCCCACGUUCACGACUGCACACAGAGGAGCACAAGCUUUCACCGACACCAGCGGGGUCCCUUUGGGCCCGACUAGUAUCCUGUGCGUCACGACCACACCCCCACACCCUUUGCCCACAUGCCUCUGUAGCUCACAGACAAACCCCCAGCUCCUGUUGUUUUUGAUUUGGGCCCACACAACCCUGUGCUCACACCCCCCCCCCUUUAUUUGCCCACAUCCCAGCUUUCCACUCACCCUUUGCCCCCUCCCUGUGCUCCACACCCUUUGGCCCAUGCCCUGUGCCUCACAAAAGGUAACCCCCUUUGCCCCUCCUGUGCUCCAAGACCCCGUUGCCCACCCCUGUGCUCACAACCCCCUGUUGGGGGCCACUCCAGCGUUGCAAAGAACGGACCCCUUUUUGCCCACUCCCUGUGUCUCACAACCCCCUUUGCCCCACUCCCAGCGUUCACGGGGGGGGACUCCCUUUUUUUUUGCACAUCAUCCAUGUGCUCACACCCUCGCGCCCGUUUGCCCACUCCCUUGGCUCAACCCCUUUGCCCACACCUGUGCUACACACCACCCCCUUUGCCCACUCCAGCCUUCACUACCCCGCUUUGGCCCACUCCCUUGUGCUCACACCCCUUUGCCCACUACCCUGUGCUCACACCCCCUUUUGCCCACUCCCAGCGUUCCAAACUCCCUUUGUUGGCCCACCCUGUGCUCACCCCCCCUUUGGCCCACUCCGCAGCGUUCACCCCCCCUUUGCCCCUCCUAUGCCAACAACACCACUGCCCCCAGCUCCCUGUGCUAUAUUCCCCUUCGCCCAUCCCCUGUAAUCAUACCCCUUGCGCCCACUCCCUGUGCUCACAUCUCUUCCCCAACUCACUGUGUCUCCACACUUUAA